AUGGGGGCGUGUCUGUCGUUGACUGCAAGGAGCAAUGUAGAUGAACAGAAUGCUGCAGCCGAACGGGCCAUGCGAGAGGCAAAACGAGAGCAACUGGUCCACUCAAAGCUGCUCUUGCUCGGAACAGGCGACUCCGGCAAAAGUACCAUGCUCAAGAAUAUGUGCCGACAUUGGGAGCAAAUCCGGGUCAUCAACGCUAUCCCCUUCACUCCGGAAGAGAUCGAAGGUUUUCGACGGAUUAUUUUCUCAAAUUUGAUCAGUUCUAUGACGCUCAUUCGAGAAAUCAUGGAAGAUGAGGCGUUUGACGUCGAUUGUCCAGACGAGAUCACGACGAUCCAUUUACCAGAAUUACCUUAUCCGUUGCAACUCUUGAUGAUUCAUCCUUAUGUGGCAUCCCUGUUAUUCUCGCCGCAGCAACUUUUCGACGAGGUUCAGUCAGCUGGAGAUAUUUCUACAGGAGAUCCAUAUCCCUCUCGGUGCUACUAUGUUCUUCAGAGACUUUGGAAUGAUGUCGAUGUACAGAAGGCGUUUCGAAUUGGACAGCAGUUUGCGCUGCCGGACAAUAUGACAUAUUUCUUUGGCAGUCUUCCUCGACUGUUCAACACCAGCUACACUCCUACUGAACAAGACAUCCUACACUCCAGAGUAACUACUUUGGGAGUCACCGAAACUCAGUUCGUUCUUUCCAACAGAACGAUAUCCGUAAUCGAUGUCGGUGGCCAGCGGUCUGAGCGGAGAAAGUGGAUACACUGCUUCCAAGAUGUGACAGCAAUCAUUUUCCUUGUGUCUCUCUCUGGAUACGACCAAACGCUGGUGGAGGAUCGUCAGGUGAAUCAAAUGCAAGACGCAAUGACGGUCUGGCAAUCUAUCUGCUCUUCCUCAUGGUUUGAGCGGACGUCACUCAUCCUGCUCUUGAAUAAAGAAGAUAUAUUCAUACAAAAGUUUUCCCAUUCGAACAUCCGGCGCUUCUUUCCAGACUUCGCUGGCGAUGAAGGGACCUAUGCUGACGGAGAGAAAUAUUUCAAGGAGAGGUUUGCGCACCUACAUAAGCGUGGUGUUCAGGUUCUCCAGGAUACAGCCGGCGCACCAAACAGACCGAAGCUUCCAGCGAGAUCAGAUGCCACUGGUCCGCGAAGAUUAUACACACACUUCACGACGGCAACAGACACCAAUCUAAUCCGCAAUGUCAUGAGGGCUGUUAAUGAGACCGUUCUUGCUGGCAACCUCGCGAACAUUCUUCUUUGA